GGGCCUUGUUCAGAGGGAAUCACUUCAGCUGACUCAUCUGCGUGUCUAAUCUUCUCUGCUACACUGACACGGAGGGAAGAGCUCACAUAUACAACAAACACCUAAAGGAGCCUGUUCAAGCCUAAUUGGUACAGGAGAGAUGACCAAAGAGACUGAGACUCUGGGACUGGUCUUUCAGAGCGAGAACUUCAGCUAUAACCAUUGCGCAAACUACGUCAUGGACUCCUGGCCCUACCUGGAAGCCCCGAUGGCUGAGCCGAACCCCUCCAAAGUUAGACUCAACCCCGGGGAGACCAUGACGGCCCUAACAAUGCUUCAAGAGCAGUGCAGGAACCAGAAGGACCAGAAAGUUUCUGCGUUCAACCGCAACAACAUCUGCAAGCCGACCGAGAGGACUCUGACCAACGCCAACGACCCGGUCAUGAAGAUCCUCUCCGAGCUCGUUCCCACCUCCCAUCCUCAGGAGAUUUUGGGCCUGAAGCAGAUCUCCUCCCUGCCGGUCUCCGCUCCCGGCUCCACGGACACCUACGCCCCCCUGCACACCGUCGUCGCAGACACGUACGACAAGCAGGAGCUCAGCAACAUCUUCGACCUGAUGCAGAAGUGGCCAGACACCAGCGCCUUCUCCGACCCCAGCGCCGAGAAUCUUCCCUACAGCGAUCCGUUUCCUGAGGCCCACUCCAGCCCCGUCUACUCAGCCUCGUACGCCAGCUCCUCUCCAGAGAGGCCCAGGAGCGACUUCCAGUUCACCCUCGGAUCUCCGGCUGCGUCCCUGCACAAGUCCAGCGAGUUGCCGAUGGUGUACCUGAACAAAAGCCAGUUCUACCCCAUCACCCUGCACGGAGUCGACAGCAGCGCCUGCCUCACAGCCACCAAAGUCAAGACGGUGGUGAUGGCUGUGUUUGAGAAUGACAAAACCCCAGAAAUGCAGCUCCGCUUCUGGAAUCACUGGCACGCGCGCCAGCCAACUGUCAAGCAGAGGGUUCUUGACAUCGCCGACUACAAAGAGGUGUUCAGCGGCAUCAGCAACGUAGAGGAGGUGGCCUUCAACGCUUUCUCCUUCGUGUGGAACCCCAGUGAGGAGGCGAAGAUUUACAUUGGAAUAAACUCCCUGAGCACAGACUUCUCCUCUCAGAAGGGAGUGAAAGGCCUGCCUCUGAACCUGCAGAUCGACACCUACGACUUCAGCUCGGGAAACAACCAGCUCAUACACCGAGCCGCCUGCCAGGUCAAGAUCUUCUGCGAUAAGGGUGCGGAGAGGAAGAUGCGCGACGAGGAGAAGAAGAGGUCCAAGAGGAGGGGAAAGAACACCAACGAUGCACACACCAAAUCUGUGGUUAGCAGCUCCAUGGGCUCUGAGUGCACCUUCUUCAAAACCCUGGACGACCUCGUCACUCAGCCAGUCCUCUUCAUCCCAAACACACACCUCACAGGCUUACAGCGCAUGGCCGCUCCUAUGGAAGACAUUGAAAGGAGUUGUCUGAAGAGGUUGUAUCCAGACAGAGAGCAGAGCAGCUCUCCUCCCACCAAACAGCCACGCAAAGAAGACCCGCAAAGAGUUCUGCUGUACGUGAGGACUGGUGCUGAGGAGGUGUUCGACGCGCUCAUGCUGAACUCACCGACGCUGUCAGGCCUGCAAGAAGCUAUUUCAGAAAAGUACGGCUUGCAAAGAGACACCAUUGGGAGAAUCUGCAAAAAAUGCAAGCGAGGAAUAUUGGUGAACAUGGACGACAACAUCAUCGAACACUACAGCAACCAGUCAGCUUUCCUCAUCGAGAUGGCCGAGAUGGCAGACGGUCACCUCCAAGUCACUCUGGUUGAAGUAUGAGAUUCCCCGGAGGAUGGGGAGACGCGGCUGCCAUGUGAAGUCACCUUUGAAGCACUGCCGUAUCAGAGCUGUGGACUGCCAAAAGCCAAGAACUGGAACUAGACUAAAUGGAUCCUCCAGAUUUUCAGACUUUGGAUGAAAAUGUUGAACCAUUUCUUGAAUUUAAAAAAAAAAAACAAAAAAAAAAUCCCGGUCUGCCCAGUUCUUGCGGUUUGUUUAUUUGAGUUUAAUAUUUUAAUGUAAAACAUUUAUGACUUGCAUGUACAUAGAUGUAAAUAGAUUUUAAUAUUACAGUGUUUUUAUGAGCUUGACAUGAUUUGCUUUGAAUUUCAAUUUUCAUUUUCAGAGCUCUCAACAUUACUUGUGCUCAGGAAUUUUCUUUUCUUUUUUUUUAAAAACAAACAUUUUUUAAACAAUGUACAUUUAGCUGCUUUCAGUCUACCCAUCAUUUCUUCUGCCUGUCCAGGGGGAACAUUUUCUCACUUUUUUUUUUUAUUUGUGGUCAAGUUUAUUCCUGUUAGUUUCCCAACUAAAAAAAAAAUUGCUAAAACGUCAGAUAGUAGUCGGAACCUAAAGUCAGACAUUUCCACCGAAAAAAAA